GCAUUUGCUUCUCCAGCUUUCCUAAACAGUGCCUGGCUCCAAGGGGGCACUGAGGCCGCUCUGCUGAGGAAGGUUGUGACUAGUAAAAAUCUACAAGUACCAAUGAUGUGUGGCAGUUACCAACACAUCAUUUGUCGAUGGAGAUGGUGCUUAUUGUUUGUCCUUUGGACUUGCUCUGGAACAGUUGCCUGGCACCAUCUCACUUGUCUGCCUGAGUCUGCCUCCACCUCCCAUCCUAUCCUGGGCUUUCGGGAGGUCUUGCGAAAAGGCAAAGGAUGCACCAGCCAGGGACUCUCCUCCACGGGCCAAGAAGUGCACAUCAUCAGCCUGCGCAAGGGAGGGCCUGCCAACGCCCAGGUAACUCUUAUGUUGGCUCCAAAUCUUCUGAGCGGAGCCCCUAUCUUUGUAUUGCAUUCCCAGCAGCCGGUGCAAUGGAUGUUGUCUUCUUCUCCUGGGAAAAAUUGGACCUUCCAGGUCUCUCUGGGCUCCAGCCUCUCAGCCUCUCAGCCGGUGGCAUCUGCCGAGACCGACUUUCCAGAUUCUGCAAGAGGCCUGCUUAAGUGGGCACGUAGGAAACAUGGAGGGGUCACUUCAUUUGCUGAGUAUCGUGGAGUCAAUACAAUCUACACACGCCUGGGGUCUGGUGGGACUGCCCAGGCAAUUUGCAAAUUGCAUAGGAAUUUCCUAACGCCCAAGCACUUUGCCUCUGAACGCCAGCUGCAGCCCCUGAGAAUUUGCCAGAAUCCUGACCCUCCUCAAGAUCUUGAAGUUCACAUUAUCCUUUCCAAAGGUGUUGCCCCCAGGUCCAGGCUGGCCCAUCUGACUGUGGAGCUUCAUGCGGUUGGAAGAUCUCUACGCCAGGGGCUCCUCUUGAUCCUGAAGAGUGAAGGAACUGCCCAAUGGAUGGUUCGUGUCCACUGUUUCACUGGACAGCUGCAUAUACUGGCUUCACACCAAGUCACCGUCAGCAACCCAGAAAAGAAGCAGCCUCUCACUGUGAUUCAGCAGACAUCUCCUGAGCUGGCUAAUGCUAGAGAUCCUUUGCAAUAUGCAGCAGAGCAGAAGCUACCAGCAUUCACCUCUUACACCGAAGCCGAGCGGGUGAACAGGUUUCUUCUGAUUGUUGGACUGAAUGAGGCCAUUCCUGGUCCUCCAGAGAAUCAUGAACUCUUUGGGCCUAUGUUCUUGUUUCCCUCCAAACUUGGAGUUGGGAGACAGCACUUUCCAGAGACUGUCACCGUAGGCUGGGAAGCGAAGCAGAAGGAAGAGGGCGGUUCUGUUCUCGCUACCUUGCCUGCCCCUGAAACAGACAAAGUUGGAUCUGAUUUAUGCUAUGGGAUCCAGAACCUCAUGCCUAAAAAGAAGGACAUAAAGGAAGCAUUUUCCUCAGAAGGCAAAAAGUUACCACACCAUCCUUUUCACCAUGUCCUGCUCAGCCUAGAAGUGUCCAGCUCUGAGGCUUUUGUCAAGCAACCAGGAUUCUGUAUCGUCUCUGCCAACAGCCGGGUCUUUGUGGAAGCAUCUUUGGUCACAUUUCACUUCUGUCUUGGCUUCACCAUCCAACAAUGCUUCAUCUCUGCCUCUUCGGAUUCUUCAGUGAUAUCUUCACACCUGCUUAUCCAGCAUGGCUGUGCAGCUGAUUCCCAUGUCAACCUGUUAGCACCUCAACAGGCAGUUCAGGACCAUACAUCGCGCCCAAGAUACCACCAUCGCCAACGCCUGAGUUUUGUACUCCAGCCUCGCUCCAAUGACUCCAUUCAUUUCUUGCAUUGCCGCCUGAUGCUCUGCAGCAGGGAACCUCAGGACUCUGGCAAAACUAGCGGUUCAAUCCCCAAGUGCCAGUUUGGGAACAAAGCCUGCAGGAGAGAAGAGCCAGCCAGUGGGGACUUCCAGCGUACCAUCACAAAGCCCAUCAUGGUGACCAUGGAAACUCCACUCAGACCUGCUUCUCCUAGUCUGGAGCCAGAUAAUUCCUUGGCUAACCGACAAGGAAAAGCAAAGGAUGCCAGAAAGUUGCAUAAGGCACAGCAAGUUCUGACUACUCCUCCCCCAGUUCUGGAGCUCCCAGCUGUCAUUGGCAUAGCCUUUUCUGCUUUCAUCAUUGGCAUCUCCCUCGCUGGUGGCCUCUGGUUCAUUCAUUCUCAGACGCGUAAGAGGGCUGUCAGAAAGAAGGCCCAGCUUGCAAAUGAGAAAGCUCCUGAAGAAACAGCUGUUUCCACUACUCUGGAUGUUUCCUCCGCUUUGAAUGUAAACAGCCCUACAGAUAGUUUCCUGCCCUAGAAGCCUCUCCUGAAACACAGAUUCCAGGAUGAAUUUGCAAGCUUCUAAAAACCUACCAGCAUUCUCCCUCUAUUACAAGUGGAAGCUUCAGUGUCUUUUUCUGUCCUUGAGUUGGUGCUUGAUGCUCCAGCUUUAAUAAGUAAAUGAGCAGCAGGAAGCUUUUUCACGAUGGAACAAGGUGGAAGACUAGAAAGCUGUGUCUCUUCGUUGAAGUGUGCCUCCUCUCUCCUACUGGACCAUCAGCAAAAGGAACUGCCCUGCUUGAGUCUGUGCUGAAAUAUCUACAUUCCUCUAUUGUGCCAGAUGUGCUGCUGCUGUUAUAUGUGUGGAAAUAGUCAAUUAAACGCAUUGGGAGAAAUGAUAGAUCAGGGAACAUUUAAUAAUUCCUACCGAGUGUUAUCUGGCUGUGUUUUCCUUUGUAACUGAUAUAUUUACAUGAAAUGCCCUAUCCAACAAAUAAACUAUU